AUGGCAGAUAUAUGUAUUUCAGUUGUUGCAAAAUUAGCAGAGUACACAGUCAAACCUGUUCUGCGACAGUUUGGUUAUCUGAUUGACUACAAGAGCAAUGUUCAAGAUCUCACCCAGAAGGUUACAACUCUGGCUGCCAAAAGAGAUGGGGUACAACUACGUGUGGAUGCAGCAAACAGGAACUUGGAGGCUAUUCUUCCCGAAGUUCAGAUCUGGUUGGAGCGAGUAGACCGGACCAUAGAAGCAAAGGAGACAUGUUUUGAAGAGGGAAGAGUAGCCAAGGCAACAACAUGCUGCAGCUCCAAUGGGUGGUGUCCAAAUCUGAAGGUCCGUCAUUCCUUGAGUAGGAACGCAACGAAGAUGGUUCCAGAGGUUGAGAAACUUAUUACAGAUGGAAAUUUCACCGCAAUAUCAUGUCCUGCUCCUCCGCUGAAGAUUGAUUAUCCAGCCAUACCAUAUUUUGAAGAUUCCACUGAGGCACCGUCCAAGCCACAUGAAGGGGCCAGCUCCUCCUCAGGAACAUCCCAUCCUGCUAAAGCACCUGCACCUAUGGAUCUCUCUGAGCGUCUGGAAUAUAGGUUGCCCUAUACAAAGGAUCUCUUGAUUGCUCUGCAAGAUGACAAGAUCAGUAUGAUUGGCAUCUCUGGGACAAUCAGAGAGAUAGAUACAGUAACUACUAAAGAGUUCAUGAAAAGAAUGAAGCAAAAAAGGCUCUUUGAAGAGGUUGCGAUGGCAGUUGUGUCCCAGGAUCCAGACUUGAAACGAAUACAAGGUGAAAUUGCAGAAACGCUAGACCUGAAAUUGGAGAUUUGGAGUUUGGUUGAACGGGCUGAGAGGCUACGUGCUGUAUUAUUGGCAUCCGAUUCUAAGAGGAUUCUUGUAAUACUGACUGAUGUCUGUAGAAUACCUGAUUUGGAAGCAAUUGGAAUUUCUCGUGUUGAUAUCAAGAAAAGCUGCAAGAUCAUUUUGAUUUCACAACAAUCAGAUGUGUUUGGUGAAAUGGGGACUCGGAGCAAUUUCAAAUUGUUAUUACAACCCACUCCCAUAGCAAGACCUGUUGAAUUUGAAUCAAGAAUCUCAGUCAUCAGAGAUGUAAUGGAUGCUCUGACAGAUGAUGAAUCCAACCCAAUUGUAAUCUGUGGCAUGGGGGGGAUUGGCAAAACAACCUUGGUGACGGAAAUUGGUGCAAAAGCGAGUGAAGUAGAUCUAUUUGAUGAUGUUGCAAUUGCAGAGUUUACUGAAGAACCUGACUACUUGAUCAAAAUCCAAGGAAAAAUUGCUAAAGCUCUAGGUCUGAAACUUGAAGCAGAGGAUGACAGAGCAGCCAAGUUACGAGAAAGAUUAUCAAUGGGUACGAAAAAGGUCCUUGUAAUAUUGGACAAUGUUUGGCAUUGGAAACCACUGAAUUUGUGGGAACUGGGGAUUCCAAUUUCCCGUGAUCCAAAAGGUUGUAAACUUCUUGUAUCAUCACGGAGCCAAGAUAUAUUCAAAGAUAUGAAAACCAAAAGGAAUUUUUGCAUUGAUGGUCUGCCAAAACAUGAUGCCUGGAGUUUGUUUAAAAAGGUGGCAGGAGGUUCCAUUGAAGAUCCCAAGCUGCGUCCUAUAGCAGAACAGGUUCUGGAUGAAUGUGGUGGGUUACCAGUUGCAAUUUCUACGGUUGGAGGGGCACUACAAAGUGAAAGCAUUUCAAAUUGGAGAAACGCACUCAGACAACUAAAACAAGCUUGCCCAGAAGACGUUCCAGGAGUGAUAGAGCAUGUGUAUGGAAAAAUAGAGUUCAGCUAUGAAUGUCUACCAAGCGAGCAAGCCAAAUUAUGUUUUCUGCUAUGUUGCCUUUUUCCAGAAAGUGCGGAUAUUUCAACUCAAAUCUUGGUUUCAUUUGGGCAUGGGCUUGGGCUUUUUAAAGGCAUUGAUUCAAUAUCUCAAACACGUGACUGCGUAAAAGCAUUGCUUCACACACUCAAAAAUCGUUCUUUAUUGUUAGAGAGUGAGAAGAUCGAGUGUGUUAGAAUGCAUGAUGUGGUGCGUGAUGUAGCCUUGUAUAUAGCAUCCGAAGAGUCGACACAAAAGAAGAAUGAUCGGCUUAAAAGGAGAGCUGUGUUACAAUGCAAGAAUACUGGUAUUGAGGGAUCUAUUUAUUGUAGUUCACUGACAACCAAUAUGAGUACUACGGAGCUUUUACUGUUGGUAACAAGGAAACUGGAGCUGCCAGCCACAAUUUUCGAUGGAAUGGAAGAUCUCAAGGUUUUGAUGAUCUGGAGUUCAAUCCUCCCAUCCCUAUCACUUCUGAAGAAUCUUCAAACACUCAUUCUACCGUAUUGCCAUCUCAAUAUUGAUGUCAUUGGAGAGCUACGGACGCUCAUUAUACUCAGUUUAACUAGAUCUAACAUCAAACAGUUACCUGAUACAUUCAAAAAUUUAUCUAAUCUGAGGUUGUUAAGUUUGGCAGGAUGUACAGAGCUUAAAGUAAUCUCACCAGGUGUUCUGUCGAGUUUAUCUCGUCUGGAAGAAUUGUACAUGUGGGAUAGCUUUGAAGAUUGGGUGGUUGAGAAACUGGGCUCAACAGAAACAAUCAAUUGGAUCUCUCAAUUGGAGGUUGAUGCCCAACCAGAAGAACCAGAAGAAUCAGAAGAACUAGAAGAACCAGAAGAAUCUGAGGUUGAUGUCGACAUGUGGAAGAGAUUCAACAGAUUGGCGGUUGAGAAACUAGCGUCAACAGAAACAACUGAUCUGAUCUCUCGACUGGAGGAUGAGGAAAGAAGUGAACCAGAAGAACUCGACAGCGUUGGAGAUCUGUUUGCAAAGUAUGUUGAAGAUUUAGAAGGAAACUUCGACCAUCUCACAAGGUGGGCCAACUCUAUGGACUGGAGAGUUGGAUUACUUUCGGAGCUACUUUCCUUGACCCAUCUGACCACUUUAGAAGUGGUUUUACCACCAAUUGAGAUUCUGCGAAUCAGUAAGCUAUUUCACAAGCUUGAAAGAUUUAAGAUCUCUAUUGGAUGGGAUGAGCAUGAAGACUUGGAGGACUUAGAGGGUAACUACUUGAGAGUUCAUGGUCUUGAUGCAAGCUCUCUUGCGGAUACUGGAAUCAGUUUGUUGUUAAGGAAAACUAACAAGCUUGAGUUAAAAAUGAAGAAUUUGAGAGACCCUCUCAAUGUCUUAGAUGUAAACUGCUGUGCAAACUUGGAGUCACUUAUCCUCAAAGACUGUGAUUCUCUGGAAUAUCUGAUUGACAUGACUGUUAAACAAGAUACUCCACGAAGCGUCUUUCCUGUGUUGAAUUAUCUGGAAAUCGAUGGAGCAAGGAGACUGAAAGAGAUUUUUCAUGGUGACCUGCCACUGGGGUCGCUUCAGAAACUAGUAACACUAUUUCUAUGGAAUCUACCUGCAUUUACGACUAUAUGGACUAUUGGAAGUCAAUCUAGAUGGUUGGGAGGUCUGGCAGCUGUCGAUUCCAUAAACAUAUGCAAUUGCCAGUCAUUGGAAGCAAUUUUUGCCUUGGAAGGAUCGGGACAUCAUGUCAAAGAGAUCAACUUCCUUAGUUUGACAAGGUUGAUACUUGAAGGCCUACCAAGCUUCACUGGAAUGAGCAAAAGUACUUGCAAGGGGCUGGAAAGGCUAUUGGAGGUCGGCAGUCUCUAUCCCAAUAGUUUGACCGUUGAACAUUCACUUUUCUCUGACCCCAAGGUUGUCUUUCCAGUCCUGAGAGACCUGAAGGUUGAAGGCCUGGGCAACUUGAAGGAGAUAUGGAAUAACCAACUUUCACCCAACUCCUUCUCUAAAUUAAGAAAGCUCCGUGUCGAGAAUUGUGACAAACUAUUGCAUUUGGGACCAACUCAAAUGCAAAAUAGAUUGCAGAGAUUGAAGUACAUACUGGUAGAGAACUGUUCUUCACUGGAAGAGAUUUUUGAAGUCGGAAAAUUGACCGUCAAUGAAGGGAAUGCUUCAAUUUCUCAGUCAGACAAAAUACAUUCAAAUAUUUCCCAACCUGAUCAAGGGAUGCAAAUAAAUGAUAUCAUGGAUUUCAACCAAUCUUGUCAAGGCUUGCAGAACUUAACUCAACUACAAGUUAAAUCUUGUCGCAGUUUGAGAUACCUGCUCACUCCUUCGAUUGCCAGAGGUCUUGUCAAGCUCGAACGUCUAGAUAUAGGAUCUUGCGAGAUGAUCGAAGCAAUAGUCGCAGCAGUUGAGGGUGAAGAAACAGCGAAUGAAAGCAUGCUCCCUCAGCUAUAUUAUUUGCAUCUUGGGAAUCUACCCAAUCUUGGAAGCUUUUCGCAAGGCAAAUAUAAUUUUGAUUGGCCACUAGUGAGAUGGGUCAAUAUUAGGAAUUGCAAACAAAUGAACAAAUUUUGUUCAGGAUCCCUCAACAUCUCAAGGGAAGUGAGGAUAGAUGUCUCUGAUUCUGGUGAGAAUCUUGAACGGGAGCUGCAUGAUAGCAAGAAAGAAAGCUGA